CCAAACCUAAACGCCUCUCUAACCUAAAUAUAUUCUUCACCCUAACAACUAAUUCCUCCCGCUGCAGCCGUCCACGCCACCGCUUCGCAUCCCCUCACCGCUCCUCUUCCCGCUGCCGCUGCCGCCUUCCCCUUGCUGCCUGCGUCUCCUGCUGCCGGAAAACCACGCUGCUGCUUGUCUUCUUCGCCACCACUUCUCUCCAGAUCCACCGCUGCCGCCUGCUCUCCAACAAAUUUUCAAUGAAUGACGACGACGCGGCAAGUAAUUUAUCACAUAAUACAGAUGAAGAAGAAGAAACAGAGUUAUGGUCGAAGCUUACGCUGGAUCUCGAGAUUAAAAUAUUUUCUCAUCUCUUUGAUGUCUAUGCUGGCGCCGUAGGUCUAAUUCGAUCAACUCGUAAAGCUUGGAGUCUGGUCCCUAUCCCUAGAUUUUCACCACCUCCUGUAUCCGAUCACCAGUAUCCUCUCCUCGUAAAGUUGAAACACGCCACUUGCAUAUUUUAUCAUCCUCUCUACGGAUAUUCUUUUAAGGAACAAUUUUUAGAAUUAGCAGGAGCCUUUAUUGUCUCCUCAAACUUUGAUUGGUUGCUUUUAUCUCGGAUGAAUUGUAGUCUCUUUUUCUUUAAUCCCUUCACAAGAGAAAAGAUAGAGCUUCCGCCUUAUACAUUCGACGACGACGACGGAGACGAAGAAGAAGAUAAUGAAGAAUUUUACUUACAUUUUACAAGAUUGGCUUUCAGCGCCCCGCCAACAUCUGAAGAAUGCUAUGUUACUGGAGUUUCCAAUAAAUUCUACCUCCUUAAAGUUGGGUGGACGAAUUGGUUAAACCUUGACAUUCCAGAUGACAUCAGAUUGGAGGUUUCGAGAUGUCAGCCGAUUGUCGAAGAGGGGACAUGUUAUUAUUUGGCAAAGGGUGGACGGCUGAUAUUACUAGAUUUCAAGAAGCGCGAUUAUUCUCUUGCUGGGGAAUCAUUUUCUGAGUUUUUGUUGGACAACAGUCACGAUCCGUUGGCUGGUGAUUUUCUUGUGGAUGUUUAUCGCACUUACCUGGUCAAGCACGGUCAGGAAAUUUUCUGUGUGCUAGUUACUGAGGAGCAAAAUCAUGUUUAUGUCAAAGGGAUGAAUCUCUCGGAGAAGACAAAGUCUUGGAGAAACAUAGAUCAUUUGGACCGGAAAAUGCUUUUUUUAAGUUACGGGACGUCUUUUCUUAAACUUGGUUCAGCUAGCGGGACCAAUAAUAAAAUUUAUUUUCCCAAAUUACACCAAAAUCAAUCUGUAUUUUUCUCUCUCUCAACUCACAGCUAUCAUUCCUUUUCAGGAAAUUAUUCAAGUAGACUUCCUUAUGAUGUUAAGGAACUUACAAAUUGUGCUUGGAUACAACCCUCAAUCCUGUAAUCAGUUACACAAGAAUGGGACAAGGAUGAUAUUUUUGAUUUUAAUAGCACAAUUUGUGUUCAUAUUGAUUGUGAUUCAUUUGCUACUUACAGCCAAAUAUCUUGUUUUGGACUGUGUCUUGUAUUUUUAUUUUUAAUAUUGCAAGUUUAGUAAUUUUAUUUUUAAUAUUGCAUGUUUAUACUAAAUAUUUGGAACCCGACUGCUAAUAAGGAAAAAUUGGUUUCAAAUUUUAGAUAAUUAUUAACAAACAAUGUGUUUCCUAAUUAAGAUUGUGUUCCUUGUUAAUGUUGCAGUAGUUGGAACUAGUCGACAUAGCUUAUUAGAGAGUUCAUACUUUUCCUCUAAGAUUGUGUUCCUUUUGUGUUUUACCAGAUAGAAUUAGCUUCAAAUUGAAUUUGCAGUCUGAUUUUGCAGACAGGUAAUUGAUAUUCUUUGCUGUGAAAUUGCACCUCGAUGCAACAUUUCUUAUAUCUUCUGCUGCUGCAUCAUGCUUUAUCAAUUUAGCAUUUCUAUAUCAGCUCAAUAGCUGGUGCGAGCAAUGGAAGCUCUUUAGUUGUCAUGUCCAAAGGCUAGUAUCUGUUUGUAUAACUAGUCGGAGAGCUUGCAUAUUUCUAUUUCUCCUUAAUAUCUAGGGUGCAUGAUUUGAAAGUGGAGGUAGUUUUUGAGUUGCUUCUCACCGACUAUGGAGCAACUCAUCUAUCCAUCUCACCAGUAUUGAUUCUUUGUCAUAUAGUAGUUCUCGUGUUGUCAUGUGAAUGAGAUAUUUUGUCCAAUGAUAGUUUUUUUAAGUAUGCAGGAUCUCCUAACACUCGGCAAUUUUACAAAGCUAUUCAAUCGAAUCCAUUAGUUGGUGAGGCAUGGAAGAGAAGAGGACAAGCUCGAGCUGCCUUAGGGGAAUCUGUAGAGAGUCAUUGGUGUAUGGAUCAACCAAUGUAUGGCCAAGUUAUACGCUCUCAAAUAUGCUGCAGAUGCUGCCCGCACCGUAUUGCGAGUAGACCGGAAAGAAGAGAAAACUUGACGAAAUGUACGAUCAACUAAGGAGUAAGUACGAAUCAUAAAAGAUUAACUAAGGAGUAAAUACACGAAGAGAUGGCCUGAGGCAGCUCGUGCUAUAGGAUCGAAAUUGAAGAUGGCGGGGCACUUGGAGCGUAUGACGGGAAUUCCUCAUCAUAGGCUGUGAUGAGAGCCAAAAUGCAGUUAAUUUUGCCAGUAAAGAUGUGGUGGAUGAAGCUUUGUUUAUUGUCUGAAGCUUCUCUACGAGAGGGCUAAUUGAGAUGUCUCAGUAACUGAAGCCCCUAUAACAUAUUUGUUGCUUUCUAUGUAUUGAAUUGAUAAUUAUCUUUAAGACACUUUAAAUAUAAGUGGGGGGCAAUACCCAUAAACAACGGUGGAACCUAUUUUUUUUUAAUUGCCAUAUUAGCAUUAUUAUUACAACAUUA